CCCUCCCUCUUGUCUAUCCACCAUCCUGCGAUUUUUUUCCAGUCUCUUCCCAGUCUACCCCUACCAAAAUUCUCCAACCCCGGUGUGUAGAUUACUCCCCUCUCCAUUCAUUCCCUCUCCCUUUGCUUCUUGAAACCCCCAGAGCCAGCAAAGAAAGAGAGAAAAGGGCGCAAAAUUUUGAAACCCUCCCAAAGUUAUGAUUCCCACGUCCCACCGGGAGGUCCGCAAACCCUUCCUUCAAUCCAACUCCACUCCAAAAAAUUCUGUCACUCUUCCUCAGAUCACCACCCCAGGGGAAGCCCCCAUGUUCUAAAGAUCCCAUUUUUUUUUUCCAGCUUCUCCUCUCUUUGGCCCACUCCCCACUAGUCUUCCCACAGUACCCCUCCAUAGCCAGCCAUGACCGAGGUGCUUCGGUCCCCCUCCCAUCUCCCUUCUUCUCCAAGCCGGCCUUCGCUUUCCUGCGACACGAAUGAUGGUUCCCCGGGCCUUUUAAGCGGCGAUGGGAUCGAGGAACAGGAGGAGGGCCCGGGGGUGGUGGUAGAUAGGAAGAGGGAGAGGCGGAGGCGAGGCGAAGAAGAGGCAGCGGCGGCAGCGGCGGAGGAGGAGGGGGAGCAGCUGCCGGUGUUGGCGCUGCUGCUGGCGGUGGUGAGGAAGUCGCUGCUGGGGUGCAAGACGGAGGGCGCGGAGGAGCUCCGGGGAGCCAUGGAGAUCGGGUGGCCAACCGACGUGCGGCACGUCGCCCAUGUCACCUUCGACCGGUUCCGUGGCUUCCUCGGUUUGCCCAUCGAGUUCGAGCCAGAGGUCCCGAGGCGACCACCCAGUGCCAGUGCAAGUGUGUUUGGUGUCUCUACUGUGUCUAUGCAAUGUUCCUAUGACUCUAGAGGGAAUAGCAUUCCAACAAUACUCUUGCUAAUGCAAAAACGUCUAUAUGAGCAAGGUGGCCUUCAGGCUGAAGGGAUUUUCAGAAUCAAUGCCGAGAAUAGCCAAGAGGAGUAUGUCAGAGACCAGCUAAAUCGUGGGAUGGUACCAGAUGGUAUUGAUGUGCACUGCCUGGCAGGUUUAAUCAAGGCCUGGUUUAGAGAAUUGCCGACUGGGCUGCUGGACUCUCUUUCGCCUGAACAGGUGAUGCAAUGUCAGUCAGAAGAGGACUGUGCUCAACUUGCAAGACUUCUGCCACCAACAGAAGCUGCUUUACUGGAUUGGGCUAUUAAUUUGAUGGCUGAUGUUGUCCAAGAAGAACAGCUGAACAAGAUGAAUGCACACAACAUUGCAAUGGUAUUUGCUCCAAACAUGACCCAGAUGGCAGAUCCUUUGACUGCACUGAUGCAUGCGGUGCAAGUGAUGAAUUUUCUCAAAAUGCUGAUAUUAAAGACACUCAAGGAAAGACAGGAACCCACUUUGGAAGAUUUUUCAGUACCUCAUUUAGAUCCAUCUGAUGAAAAUGGUCAUCACAGCCCUCAGCUUCAUCUGGAGUGUUGCAGGGAAGAAGCCACUGAUCAAGUUUUUGUUCCUGAAGAACCCGCUUUGGGUAGCCCCACCCAUCUUGCUGAAGAGAAUACCCCCUUGGAUGAAGCAGCUGAUAGUUCUCAAACCACCCAUGACAAUGCUGCCCCAGAAGGAACUGCAGUGCGUUCCACUGAUGAACUCUUCUGUGAGACUCCAGCACAUACUGAUGGUUCGACCGCUGAUGCAGAAAUUGCUGCUAAUGGCUCUAAUGCAGUUGGUGCAAAUUCUCGUAGGACCAGGACAUGGCAGUCAAGCAGUUUCAGUCAUAAGAAAGGAUCAAGGAAAGCUAAAGGAAACUCUGCCAUUCGAGGAACCUGGCCGACUGAAAAAUCAAAAGGGGCCAGCAUUGUGAGUCGUAUAAAUUCGAAGGUGGAGCGAGUAGAAGCAUGGAGGUGAAAAAUGUUAAAGUGGGUCUGUUUUACUUGACUGACUUGUAUUUGACUAUAGUUUUGAUUGGAGGGAUCAUGAAUUUGCUUUGAUUUUUUUGAUUUCUGAUUGGUGUAUGUUUUCCUGUGUUGACACAUUCUAUGUAAACUGUUUCUUGUUUCUGAAAACUUAUGUUUGGAUGAUUAAGAUGUACUUGUUUCUCUUGUAAA